GCCGCCCUGCCUCCUGAGUCGGCGCCCGGGCCGCCGCCGAGCGAAGCCGACCCCGGCGCCGAGCCCUGCGCGUGCGCCAGCUGGGCUGACCUGGAAGAGCGCGACUCGUGGUGCGAGAGUGAAUUCGCCGUGAACGGAAUCGUGCACGACGUGGACGUGCUUGGCGCCGGGAUACGGCUGGUGACCCUGCUGGUGGACCGCUCCGGGCUGUAUAAGAUGAGUCGUCUCUACAUCACUCCGGACGGGUUCUUCUUCCGAGUCUACAUACUAGCCCUGGACUCCUCCAGCUGCAAUAAGCCCUGUCCAGAAUUUAAACCCGGCAGCAGGUACAUUGUGAUGGGCCACAUCUACCACAAGAGACGCCAGCUACCCACAGCUCUGCUCCAGGUCCUGAGAGGGCGCCUGCGGCCAGGAGAUGGACUGGUCAGGAGCAGCAGCAGCUAUGUCAAAAGGUUUAACAGGAAAAGAGACCGGCGGGUUCAAGGUGCAGUUCACACCCAGUGCACUUGAAACAUUCCAUCCUGGCAGUGGAGGCUCUCGAGACUUGGAAUUCAGCAACAAGACCAGAGGGUUUAUCUUCAUGUAAUGGGGUUUUCCUUUAAAACUGGGCCCACAGCUCCUUUAUGAACAACGUGUACAAUUCCAACUCUAAUUUUGAAGUCAUCACUUUUUUUUGGUACCGGGAUCAAACUCAGGACCUUGUGCUUGUGAGGCAGGGGGCGGAACCAGUGAGCUAAAUCCCCGGCCCUACAAGAUGCUUCUUAAAUGGCAUGCUCCUGAGCUCGGUGGCAAAGUUACUCAACUGUAGUGCCAGACAGUGACUCACGAAGCUCAGAUACUUGACCUGUCCAGUGAACAGAUCACUGCUUCACAUUAAAUUUUUAAAUUAUUUUAAUUUAAUACAUUCUUCAGUAGAAAUAGUUCACAAAUUUUUUUUAAUUUAUACAACUUUGAAAAGUUUAUAUCAGGAUCAAAUUUUAUAUUUAAACCAUCACAUUUUAAAUUCCAUACAUAAUAAGCACACUAGUCAAAAGAUAUUUAUGUACGAAAUGUCAUUUAGAUCAAACACUAAGGUCAGAGCCCAGGACAAGUAUUAAAAUUUUACAUUUAGAGAACUAAAGGGUUUAAGUCAAACAAAAGAUUUUUCAAAGUCAAGUAUUCGUGAUGUACCAAAAUGUAAGAUAUAUUUUAAUUCCUUCCUGCUUCUAAUAACUUGUGUGUUGACUCAGUUUAUUUCAAUGCUACAUAUAUUCUGGGUGUAUCUGAUGUCAUUUUUCUAUUAAGACCAAGUAUCAUGUAUUUGUAAAGCAGUAAAUCUUGCCUUGAAAUAA